CUUGAACAAAGAUUAGGUAAAUAAACGAACUGAUAACUGGCAGCACUAGCAUCUCAUGUUCAGUGUUACUCAGACACAUGGUGCUGGUAAUCUUGUUCUGUGUUAUGCUCACUGUGAGAGCAAUCAGAAGAGAUGACUGCAUCACAACUCAGACUGAAAUCGGAGUUGAUUACAUCAGUCAACUGGAAGAGGCGAUCGGGGAUGCCGCUUGCCGUCUGGUAGACGACGUCACAUACACCGAUUAUAAUAUCAAAUACAAUGAAGUGUUUGACUUCAUCGUGGUAGGGGGAGGGUCCGCCGGGUGUGUUUUGGCCAACAGACUUUCCGAGAAUCCCGAAUGGAAUGUCUUGUUGUUGGAAGCUGGAGGGGAUCCCGACAUCACAAGUGAAUUUCCAGGGUUUUACGGUGAAGCUAUAAAUAGCGACCUUGACUGGCAGUUUCAUACGGAACCUGAGUCAACCAACUGUCGAGGAAUGGCAAACAACAGCUGUACAUGGGCUGCAGGCAAGGUUAUCGGUGGCUCGAGCACGAUAAAUGGUAUGCUUUACAUCAGGGGAAACCCCAGAGACUAUGACCAAUGGGAGAAUUUAGGCAAUCGUGGUUGGAGUUAUAGAUAUUUGUUAAGUUACUUUAAAAAAUCUGAAGAUCUAAGGUCCAAAGAAGUUGAAGCAGAUGAGAAUGCAGUUAAGUACCACCGAAAGGGAGGAUAUUUAAAGAUAGAAACGUUUAAAAAAAACAUAGACUGGUACAAAAAAGUCAUUUCUGAGGGAUUUAGCGAGCUAGGACUACAUUCAUUUCCGGAUAUUAAUGCUGAUCAUCAUGAGGGCUUUUUUCUAUCUUCAAGGAACCUUAAACGAUUCAAGACGAUGCAGUGCAGCAAAGGCAUUUUUACACAAUUUUCAAUCAAGACCGAACUUGAAGAUUUCCAAGAAUUCAUUGGUAGUAAAGGUUGUGAUAGACAAGAAUAAAAUAGCUCGUGGUGUACAGUUCAUAAAAAAAAGAAGACGGUUUACAGUGAAAGCCAAGAAAGAAGUCAUCCUGUCGGCUGGAUGUGUUAAUUCUGCGAAAUUGUUAAUGCUCUCAGGGAUCGGACCUCACAAACAUCUCGAAGAUUUAGGGAUCGAUGUGGUCACAAACCUAAGGGUUGGUUACAAUAUUCAAGAUCAUCUUAUAAUGAGAGGAUUCAUAGUAAGUUUUGAUAUUGAAGUGCCAAGUCCUGACUCAGUUAGUGACACUUUCAAUUUUUUGUUCCACUCAAGAGGUAAUCUAGCCAGUUUUAGCAGUACACUUGCAGUUGGUGGCUUUAUAAAGACUUUUGAAGCUGCGUAUCCAAACAUCCAAAUAUACUUCCUGUACUUUGCGAAAAACUCGACUGACAGUUUAAGGAUAACAUUAGAAAAAGUAGGUUACAAUGAUGACAUCAUAAAAGCCAUUUUAGAGAUAAACUCUAGGAAAUAUAUCUGGUUUAUUUGGCCCGUUCUUCUGAGACCAAAAAGCCGAGGAAGGAUUUUUUUGAGGAGCACUGAUCCUGAAGAUGAUCCUCUCAUAUAUCCCGGAUAUCUCUCCAAGCAGUCCGAUGUUAAAGAUUUGUUAGAUGCUAUCGGGUUCUUGAACGCUUUUGCACAGACAGAUGUGAUGAGAAGUUUAGGCGCCAGAGUGGAGAAGAUUGAAAUUCCAGCUUGUAGCUCGUUUCCGUUCCAGUCAGAGCUCUACUGGCGCUGUAUAAUUGCCCAGAUGUCCUCUCCCUCCUACCACCAGGUCGGCUCCUGUAUGAUGGGCCCUGCAAAGAGCAGAUGGUCUGUGGUAGACCCUCAACUGCGAGUGCAUGCAAUCGAGGAUUUGAGAGUAGUCGAUGCUUCAGUCAUGCCCAGAAUCACCUCUGGAAACACCAACGCUCCUGUUUAUGCAAUAGCAGAGAAAGCGUCAGAUCUCAUCAAAAACCGCUGGAAACGGAAAUGACGUUUCAUGUAAAAAUGCUAGUAAAAUGUUUUUCUGCAGAAAUUAUUUGCAUUUUAUAUAAAAUUAUUAACUUUUUUAAAGACUAAUCGCGUAUAGAGAGUUCAUUGGUAAAUAUUAUAAUAAGCUUGUUAAUACAAGAAUAUACAAAUUCAGAGGCUGCCUACUUUAUCCUCACUUUAACAGUCAAUGAUAAUGAUGUUUUAUAUAUUUUGAUGUACAAAUAAAAUACUAUUGAAACGUU